UUACAACAAGAGGUCCAAUAACGCUGCUGGUUUCGGUUUUUUUUUGCAUGCCCGUCUCCUCAUAGCAUCUGAGAAUUCAUAAAAACCUCCGGGAUGUACACGACCGGACUCAAUCCGUUUUACGCCUCCAAUUUCAGCCUCUGGUCUGCGUACUGUGCAGGAGGCUUCGCAGUGGACACCGCCAAGAAACCAUCGUUUUGCAUAGCAGAGCUCCUGCAGGCUGGAGAUGCAGAGAACAUGGCCGGUUCGUCGGCCCUCAUGGUGCACGUGCAGGCUCAGCAGCACCGGGCGUCCUCCGGAGGCUCCCCGCUGCGGCCGGCACCAGUCGGGCCCGGGGAGGCGGCGGUGUACGGGGCGAGGGUGAGCCCCGCGUCCCCGUACCACAGACACGGACUACAGAUGACUUCUGUGCCCAGAGGCGCGCUCAGCUCCCCGCAAGCUCCUCCACCUUCAAGCAAGGACCUCAAAUUUGGAAUUGAUCGGAUUUUGUCCACAGAUUUUGACGCAAAGGGGAAGGAACAGACGUCGUUAAGAGAUCUCACGUCCAUUGUUAGCGCCAACCGUCAGUCAGGCAUCCACAUCCCCAUUCAGCCAGCGGCCGGCCAGUACUUCUCCUCCAUAGAGGCCGGGAUGAACGACUCCUCCAUGAUGAGUUCACUAGGCAGCAGCGGCAGACAAUCAGGCCAGCAUCAGUUUCAGGACACCUUCCCAGGUCCAUACGCCGUCCUCACCAAAGACACAAUGCCGCAGACGUACAAGAGGAAGAGGUCGUGGUCCAGGGCGGUCUUUUCAAACCUGCAGAGGAAAGGCCUGGAGAAGAGGUUUGAGAUCCAGAAGUAUGUCACCAAGCCGGAUAGGAAACAGCUGGCGGCCAUGCUGGGCCUGACAGACGCUCAGGUGAAAGUGUGGUUCCAAAACCGGCGCAUGAAGUGGCGGCACUCCAAGGAGGCCCAGGCCCAGAAGGACAAGGAGAAGGAGCAGCCGGACAGGACUCCCGAGUCCGGCAGAGAUCCGAAAGAGACGGCCGAGUCGGAGUGUGACAGCGAGGACCGCAGCGAGUGUGAGUCCGACGAAGCGGAGGACAAAGAGGACAAAAGACAUUUGGACGUUUGCGAGCACAACAAAACCAGCGUCAUCAUGAGCGGCGGCGUGGAUGACACGCACUUGGACUCUGCCUCCUCUUCUUCACAGCUUCUAAUAUGAACGCAAUUGAUCCUGGACUCUUAUUUGGAUCCAAUUCAUAAGAGACACAAUGGAAGCCGCUGAGGUUGCGUUUAUUUAAUUUGACAGAAGAGCUUCAGUGUGCAUGAUGCUGUCCUCAAACGGUUUAAAACACGUAAAUAAAAUGUGCAGUUGUAAAUGUUGUUGCCCUUCACGUUGUAUAAAAGAAAUCUCGGGACACACAGUGUACAUGUCUUUUUGUGUGUUGUUGUUGUUAAUAUCAUUUGCACUGAAAGUAUUGUAAA